AUGACUGAAGACACAGAACUCAUCGCAGAACUCCAGUUGACCAGAGCAGCUCAAUUCGAAUCAGAGAAGGAAAAGUACUGGAGCAUCCCUGCCCAUCCUGACUAUUGCUGCGUAUGCUUCAAUCUGGACCCGAUCGUUAUCCAUCACCUCAGCUUCAUCGUUGGCGCGGAACGCAUCCGAUCCAGAAGCGAACUCGACCCUGUGGUCAUGAACAUGUGGGAGGUCGACUCGUCCGUCAAGGACGUUCUGGAAGCUGCUGCUGAUGGCUGCAGCUCAUGUCUUCUCCUUCAAGCUUCUGUCGCGGCGUUCGGAGGCAGCGCGGUCCUGGAGGAUGCCCAGGACUACUCGAUUAGCGUUAGGUGUCAGGUCGAGCGAGCUAUGAGGGUAGGGCUGUACCGAGAGGAAAAGACUCUUUCGGAGUACAUGCUGUUCGUUGAGGAGGGGCAGACCUCCCCUUGGAACACCAUUGCGUCGCUCAUUGAAGCUUCGGCGGGGCCAGGUUUGGGUGGCUACCCUGCUCUUGGAGGCGCGGCGAGAGUGGUAGCUGUUGAUCCCGCGUCUGGCACUUGCAUAGACACGAUUAAGAAAUGGCUCUCGUCCUGCCAACUCGAACACCCGUGGUGCAGUCCUCACAAAGACUUCGAUGGGCGCCGAAUCUGCCGGACUGCGUACACGCCAAAACGACUACUAUUCCUGGGCAAGCAGAAUGAGGACAUUCGUCUCGUACACCGCGAUGCUCUUGCAAUGACCAACCCAGAGUAUGCCGCAUUGAGCUACUGCUGGGGUCAGGUCAAGAAGCUCACGACUACUACCCAGAACCUUUCCCAGCUGCAAGAUUCCGUGUCCUUCCUAGAACUGAUCAAGACCUGUCAAGAUACAGCCACGCUGGUGCGUCGGCUUGGUAUCGGCUAUCUCUGGGUUGACUCACUAUGUAUCGUUCAGGACGACCUGGAGGAUUGGAGACAAGAAGCCGCCAACAUGGCGUCAGUCUAUGCAGGUGCCUCCAUCUGCAUAGCCGCCAGCGCAGGCGACCAUGGCGACUCUGGCCUCUUCAAAAGACGUGAAACAACGAAGGCUAUCUUUGUGCGAGACAUAGCUGGGAAGGAAUCGACGAUCUUUGGACGACCCUGGAAAUGGCACGCAAGGUUCGAUUGGGGUGAGCCUGGAAUUUUGGGGUACUUCUCGCAAAAGCGAAGGACGGAAACACUUCCUGUAGUUGGCGAACCAUUGCCACUCCUCGGACGCGGGUGGGCUUUCCAGGAACGUCUACUGAGUCCUCGGAUACUGCACUUUACAGCGAACGAGCUAGUGUGGGAGUGUCUCGGACACAUGAGCUGCGAAUGUGGGACUCUCGAUCAUCAUGUCACUUCGCCUACACUUCGGGAUCGGCGAAGCGUGGCAGGCAUUCCACCAGACGUCGAAGUUCGGUUCAACAAGCUAGAGCGUGCCAAACGCGUGGUACAACGACGAGGAGCCAGCCCAGGCUCCGAACUCGCCGUCGAAAACCUGUUCCGAUAUGGUCCGGCAAUCAUGAACGACUAUGCUGUUCACCGUGUGAUGCUUGCUCCUGGAGUGGAGCUGAAAAUGCUGACGGAGGAUGAGGACGAAGCCUGGCGCUGGCGCAGUCUAUGCGAGGAGUACUCAAGGCGGUCACUGAGUUACAGCACGGAUCGGUUGCCAGCAAUGGCCGGUCUUGCAGCAACUUGGGCAGACGUGCUGCAAGAACGUCCGGCAUACCUCGCUGGCCUUUGGCAGCACUCCCUGCUUCGAGAUCUUCUGUGGAAGUACGACGACGCUUUGCCCGUCGACCGACGUGGAAGUGAGUACCUUGCGCCGACCUGGAGCUGGGCAAAUUCACAGCGAAGCGUGCAGUUCCUUCGCAUCACGCAGCACAUGCCUCAGUAUCAUGCCUCUGUGCUUAACGCACAUUGCGAGAAAUUCGUCGACAACCCAUAUGGACAGGUAUUUGGCGGAUCUCUCACCCUUGUAGGACCAUGCUUUACUGGCUACGUCUACGUACUACCCGGCUUCGUCACCCAGGUAGACGUGCUCUCACCGCGAAGCCACCGCGGCGAGACAGCCUCCCGAAUUCGCUUGGCCAUCCUCAUCGCUGACUGCAUUCCCGAGUGCCAAUCAUUAGCUCAAGGCCACGCAGAGAUCCUCAUCCUACACGUUGCGACCGAUGUCAACGACGACCGCACUGGACUCGGAUGGGACAGAGCCCUUGCUCUCCAGCUCGUCAAUGAGGACACAAAUGAAUAUCGGCGCAUAGGUAUUGCUGAGGACUUGAAGCUGAAGGACGACUGGUGA